AUGGAAAGACGGUUUGCAAGCGGCCAGGAGCCGAAAUGGUGGUCCACAAAAAGGGUGGUAGAAUGUGCCUUAGUGACACCAAAUCGUCCGAGAUCGCGUCGCCCAGCGGGUCCAGGUUCCGGCUGCGCAGCAACCAAGUCGGGUUUACACUCGCGUCGGAGAACUUGGAAGGACGGGGACGGGGUCGACGGCGGCGUGUCUCAGACUUCGCAUCUUCCGAUUAGCUCACUUGCAUUCAAGGGUCUAUGGUAUGUUGGCGCGGUGCAGAAUGCGAACCCUGUUUCGAGGGGCAGAUGA